UUCAAUCAACCAGAAAUCAACCAGAAUACCACUUGUUCAAUGUGCUCCGGACCACACGUUCCAAAGAGAUGUGAGCUCACGAGCGAAGAAUUCAGACAAAUCAUCAGAACCAAAAAGUUAUGCGCAAAUUGCCUGACGAGACAUCAUACGACCAAGCAGUGCAGAAACACCAAACGUUGUGCAUGUUGUUCUGGAAAACAUCAUUCUGUACACUUACAACAGUCAGCACUUUU